UGCCUUCAACAAUCCCGUCCCCAACGAGCCAAGACCGGCAUUUCGUUCCUCUUGUCUUUUUUCGUACACUUUUUCUUCCGACGAGGUCACCAUUCAGCUAUUUAGCAGUGUAUGCCCUGGCUUGGCGAUCAGCACACGCGAAGGCGCACCGAAAGCCGUACAUCCCUCGUCUUCCUCGCAUGAUGAAUUUGUUGUCUCUACCCCCUGAGAUUGUUGAGAAGAUUACAGAGCAGGUCGACGGGGCACACAAGAAGAUCGCCCGGAGUGUCUGCAGGGAGUUGAACGAAACGGUGGAGAGGCAGAUCUUCGCCAACAUCGUCAUCAAGUACAGUAACUACCUUCCGGAGCUCAUCUGUGAGCAGCUUGAAGCGCUUGCGACCCGUACGACGAAUGCCCGCAAAUACGCCCAAUCCCUCGAGAUUCGCGGGUUCAGUCCCGACGCCCACCUCGGUGCCAGGUCUCGCUCCCGCUCUAUAGAACGAAACAGGAACUCUCGAUCGCGCAGCCGAGGUCCACUCGCAGAAACACACGUCGUGAACAGGGGGCUCCUAGCGCACCUGGGGCAGGCGAUAUGUUCGUUGCGCAAAUUGAAAUCCGUGUGGUGGCAUUUCAGCCCGAACGACCCAGAGUGGGCACAAAUUGUUGUCAUGGACUCGCUUUCGUCUCUGCCGUUCCUCGAAGAGCUCCGAAUAUCCCUUGGAGGAGGGUCGGCCGCGUCGCUCAAACUUGCCCAGCUCUCCAACCUUCGGGAAAUCACGAUCACAGGAUUCUGCACCGACUACCGGGCGGACGUCAUCGCAGGCCUCCGAACCCUCGUCUCCAAUUCACCGGAUCUUAUACACCUCGAAGUCGAUAAUCAUGGCCACCGUGCAGACGCCCAGACGUCGACCCUCCACGACCUUCUCGGCGCCGUAUCUCCUAAUGCUCCACUAUGUCUCACCCACCUCAGUCUGCGUAGCUUCUGCUUCAAGCUCGACGGAGUAACCAUCCCACAUCUCCGGUCCCUCGAAUCUCUACUGCUUUGCAACAAUAUCGACACCAGACAGGACCUGUCGCGCCUUGAUGAGCCAGUGCGAGAGGAGCUCGUCCAGCGGACAAGCAAUUAUUGCUCGUCGACACAGGAAAUCUGGGACACCUUUCGCGAAGAGCGUAUAUUCCUCAAGGAUAUCACCACAGAUGAAGUCACCGACGCCCUCCUUGAGUAUCUCGCCUCGUAUUCGGGUCUUCGGACCCUCACUCUCAUUUCUGUUUCGGCCGAAGAUGCCUAUGGCUCGAACAACCUCGCGGUUAAGUUCUACCGGGACGUCCUUCCCAGGCAUGCCGGCUCGCUCAUGCACCUCGAGAUCUCGCCCGUGUUCGAGGGCAAGUGGUGCUUCGGACGGCACAACGCCUCAAGUAUUCGUGCGUGCGCCAAGCUCGCGACGCUCAAGAUCGCAGUCACCUCGGAGGAAAUGGAGCGCGAGAAGAAUCGAGACCUCAUCGGGACUCUUCUUGAGAUUGCCGACAACCUGCCCUACCUGAAGCAGCUCAGCAUCACAUCGGCCGACUCUGCGAGUGACCACGGAGGACGCAUCGGCAAUCCGUCGAUCGGGCACCUGUACCGAGUGAAUACGGAGAUCUCCAAGAGCGUAACGACGUUUGGCCCAGUGGACCCUAUGACUGCGUCGAAGGUCAUCUCGACGCCGGCGCGAGACUACAUCGCCCGGUCAGAUCAGGAUGCCGGACCAGGGCUUUGGUAUCGUUCGUCAAUGAGUCAGGGAAGCCAGCUGGAGUUGUGAA